AUGGUUCAUGAAGUUACUUCAAAAGAAGAAUUCGACAAGACACUUUCUGGUGAUUCUGUAGUUGUCGUUGACUUUUACGCUAACUGGUGUGGUAUGUUUUUAUACAUAAAUUUUAAUAAAUUACUUGUAACUGUGUUGUUAGGGCCCUGUAUGAGAUUUGCCCCUCAGUUUGAGGAACUGGCUAAAGAACACCCUAACCUUGUAUUCGUCAAGGUUAAUGUCGACAACCUUCAGGAACUCGCACAGAAAUACAAUGUCACAAGCCUUCCAACCUUUAAGGUUUUCAAAUCUGGACAAGUUCAAGGCGAGUUUCUAGGGGCCAACAAAGACGGAUUGAAGUUUGUAUAG